AUGAUAAUAAAAUUUGAACGAAUACACCUCUUGAAAUUUGUGAGAAUAAAAUGUCGUUUCAACAGCACCAAAUCGGUGCUAUCUAAUGAAAAUGUAACAAAAAUUAAGGAGUUCCGAAAAAUCACAAAUUUGUCAGUAGGCACAUGUAAAGAUAUUUUAAGCAAGAAUGAAUAUAACAUUAAAAAGGGUGUAAACUAUAUUUUUAAAAAUUUUAAUAAAAAUUACGAAAAUAAAGAAAAGAAGUUAACAGAAGGUUAUUACUGUUUAUUAUCAAAGGGAAACUUAACAGCGAUAACUGAACUAAAUAGCUACAAUGAUUUAGUUUCAGAAAAUAUAUUUUUUAAAGAGUUGUUAAUUAACUUGUGUAACAAAUUAAUUGAUCAUAACGGAACUAGAAACUUGAAUGGUUUGAAUUUGGACAAAGAAAUUGUUUCUGAUUAUUUGCACCUGUUCUACAAGGAGAACAAAAUAAAUAUUGAUAAAAUGCUAAAAAAUGUAGAACAUAUAAACAUUUUUAAGCAUAUAUAUUUUAAAAGAAGCAUAAGCCAGCUAAUUAACUAUACAUCUUAUAUUUUAAAUGAUUAUAUAUUUUUAAGAAAAUAUUUACUCCUUGAUUUAGAUAAUCUGUGCAGUCGCUAUCAAAAUAUGUAUAUAAUUAAAAAGAAAUAUCACCAUAAAGAAACAAAAAUUGAAGAUUUUAUUUUGUGUAAAGGUUUUUCUUUUUCAUUCUUAUUUAUUAAAUCUGAUGAAAAUAUUCCCCAACAAACCAAAAUAAUUUUAGAAAAAUUAGCUUUACUUAUAUGUAUAAAUGCAUUGUUAUAUAAAUCAAAAAGGUGUUCCAUUUCAAACGGGUUUGACAUUCAAAAUUGUUUUUAUGUAAAUUAUUUUGGUGCUUCCACUAGCGAAUUAGAACAAAAAGAAGAUACCUAUUCUAUGAGAAGAGAAAGCGAAAUGUAUAUUACGAAAGUAAAUUCUGAAAUUGACCAAGGAGAUGAUGUACAGUCUGUUGAUUUUAUGCAAAAUAAGGUUCAGUCGUUUUGCAUACUGUAUGAAUGUUUAAAAAAAAUGGAUCAUAAAUGGUUAAGAAAUAUCUCUAAAGAAAAUAUAACAUUUAUAAGAUUGAUUAAACUGCUUGAGGAUGAAUUCAAGAUUAAAAUUUUUGUUAAAAUUAUGUAUUCUAUGCUUAAUGAGGAUAUACUCAUUUUGUAA